UGGAGCCUAAAAGUGAAGCAAACCAUCGUCUCUCGAACUCGACAAAACCCCCAAGUCAGCUCCUUCCUGUAAUGCGAAAGCCAUGAUAGAGGGAAUUUCCGAACGUGAUGUUCCUACGAUGUUACCAAUCAAGGCGACAAGUCCGAGCCGAGAGUCAGAGCCUUUAUUGCCUCCGUGACGGUACCUUGCCUUUUUGCGUCCGACAACGACUUUUAGAGGACACUUUAUGCGCCUAGUCAUACAAGAUUUGGCCUGGCUUUGACGGCACAGCUGUGGAGUUGCCAGCUAUGCCGCCGCAUUAUUACUACCAUCUCAAAUUCGAGCUGUAUCCGACGCCCGAUCCUGCCGACAGCGGAGAUCACAGCCGUACCGACCACUCGUCCGACCGACCCGGCGACAUCUGGGCGCCUUCUCCGGGCGCGACCAUAUUCGACGACCUUCCUUCGCACCCCCGCUGCCCAGAACCGACACUCCCGCGCUGGGCGAGUUACGACGGAUACCAGCACGAUCAUUGCGACGGAAACAGCGGCCGUGCCUCGGGGACAUACGGUGCCGCUGCCGCGACGAACUCGAGGGUCAUCGACUGCGGCGGGCAGCGCGGUAAAUCCCACGACACCGGCGACAACGGGCGGAACGUAGUGCGACUGAGCGAGCGGCAAUAUCGCGCGAGAACGCAAUCCCCGCCGCCGACGGUGUCGGACGGGAUCGGUCCACGAACCGCCGUUAGAGACUGGCGGUUCGGGAGGAUCAGUAUCGAGAGUUUUGAUCCCGUGCGGGAAUACCAAGAGGAGGAGGACGAGAAGAGGACGAAGAACAUGGAGGGCAAGCAAGAGGGCGAGGCCUCGUCAGCCAUGCCCACUGCGCCUACCCCUGCGGCGAGCCUCGGACCAAACCUGGGCGGGGUGGGACAGGCUACCAAGGCCAGAUAUGUUCCGCUGGAGACGAAAAGUACACAUGCUGGGUGGGGGAUUGUGCACCUCUAUCGUGAAGGAGAAGACGAACCGAGUGCAGCAGAGUGGUUACCAGAGGUGCAGGAUGGGCCGCAGGCGGGGAAUACGCAGGGAACUGGUGGGAGUGGAGGCGACGAGGAGGGCACGGUUCUGUGCAUCCUCGCUGUGCCUAGCUACAUGUCGCCGAACGAUUUUUUGGGUUUCAUAGGGGAAAGGUGGCGGGGGGAUGUCAGCCAUUACCGGAUGGUCAUGACGAGCAGGAUGAGCCGGUACAUGGUGCUCAUGAAGUUCCGAGAUCCCCGAAGGGCUAAGCAGUGGCGGAAGGAGUUCGACGGCAAGCCGUUUGAUAGCGUGGAGACCGAGAUCUGCCACGUUGCCUUCAUCAAGUCUAUCGCGGUUGAGACGCCGACCCGGACAGGCAGGCAAAGGAAAGCUUCCGAAGGCAACGUUCUGGCUACGUCGCCUGUCAACUCGCUGAAACCGUUCCCGCCGCCAACUCCAAAUCUUAUUGAGCUCCCCACCUGUGCGGUGUGCCUCGAGCGGAUGGAUGACACUACCGGCCUGAUGACAAUACUCUGCCAGCACGUAUUUCACUGCACUUGUCUACAGACAUGGAAAGGCUCGGGCUGUCCCGUCUGCCGGGCUACGAACCCGAAGCCGAACCAGGACGGCUAUGACCCAGACAACCCGUACUCGCAGCCGUUCGGCUCUGGCGUGUCCAACAUCUGCAGUAACUGCAACUGCACCGACGACCUCUGGAUUUGUCUGAUUUGCGGCAAUGUUGGCUGCGGACGGUAUAACGGAGGGCACGCCAAGGAGCAUUGGAAGUUGACGGCGCACAGCUUCAGCCUCGAGUUGGAGACGCAGCACGUCUGGGACUACGCCGGCGACAUGUGGGUGCACCGGCUGAUCCGCGACAAGGGCGACGGUAAGAUUGUCGAGUUCCCAGCAAGCAACAACGCCAACGACCGCCAGGCGCCGGGCUCGGCUGCUCAGGAAGAUGUCGUCCCGCGCGCCAAACUCGACCGCAUCGGCAUGGAGUACUCACACUUGCUCACGAGCCAACUGGAGAGCCAGCGCGUUUACUUCGAGGAAAUGGUCAGCAAGGCGGCGGACAAAGCUGCCAAAGCCUCGGCGGCAGCCGACUCGGCCUCGGCGCAGGCGGCCGAGGCGCUCAAGCAGCUCGCUGUGCUGCGCGAGGAGCACCGCAUUCUCAAGGAAGACACCGUCCCCGCGCUGGAGCGCGAGUUGGCGCGCGAGAAGAACCGCGCCGCCAAGUCGGCCGAGCUGGCGCGGAACCUGGGCAAGGCUUUGCAGGAGGAAAAGGAGGUCAGCGCAGGGCUGAUGAAGCGCAUCGAGCACCUCAAGAGCGAGGCCGAGGGGACCAGCAAGGCGAUGGAGCAGCUAAAGGCCGAGAAUGAAGAGCUUAAGGAGAUGAAUCGUGACUUAACCAUGUUCAUCAGCGGACAGGAGAAGCUGCGCGAGUUGGAGGAGGAGGGCAAAGUUGAGCACGGGGAAUUGGAGGAGGGGACGGUGGGUGUUGCGGAGACUAAUACUGGGGGGAAGAGAAAAGGGAAGGGGAAGGGCAAGGGGAAGAACUAGGGAGGCUGUGUUUGCCUGGCUUGGGACCUGGGAGUCUCAUGAGAGGCUAUUGGGCGUGGAGAACGGCGGAAGAACUUUGCUGCCGGUGAUUUCUCGGCGGAUGACCGCGGACUGUACGUAGGGAUUACAAGCUCUCCUGACCGUCAGCCGAGUCGGAAAGCACAUCUUCGGGUUCUCAUCCAUUUCGAGUCUUUUAAGACCCUUUACAAUCACAUGCAAAUUCGCAAGGCUUGGUCGACUGCAACACUAAUUG